CAUUGUGAGCGGUGGGUACCCGGGGUGGGGGUCAUUCCCGGGUGGUGAAUUCCCGGGGUACGGGUCAUUCCCGGUGUGCGGGUCAUUCCCGGUGUGCGGGUCAUUCCCGAGCGGUGAAUUCCCGGGGUGCGGGUCAUUCCCGAGGUGGGGGUCAUUCCCAGGCAGUGAAUUCCCGGUGUGCGGGUCAUUCCCGGUGUGCGGGUCAUUCCCCAGGCCGCCGGUGCCUUGCAGAGCUCCCGUCCGUGGGGCCGGACAGUCGCGCCCCCCGAUGCGGGCAGCAGCCGGCGCUGGGCCAUGAGCAACGCCACGGCCCCCACGGCCCCGGGCGCGGCGGGGGACUCGCUGGUGGGCUCCGUGCUGGGACCCUUCCUCCUCCUCACCCUCCUCGGCGCCCUCCUGGCCGCGGUGAUGUACGUCAAGAAGAAGUGCAGGUCCGACCGGCUGCGGCACCGCCUGCUGCCCAUGUACAGCUACGACCCCGCUGAGGAGCCGCCCGAGUCCGAGCAGGAGCUGCUGGUGGAGGCUGAGGAGGCUCAGGUGGUGCCCGGCUGGGGGGGACCCUCGCCCUCUUGGCCCCCGCGCAGGGACUGGAGGGCCUGACUGUGCCUGGAGCAGCAGGACCGGAUCCUGCCCGCGGGAGGGAAGGGAGCACGGGGUUCCAUCAGCCAGAACGGGCUGGAUGUGCCCACGGUGAUGCCACAGCUGCUGUCCCCACCUCUGAGCACUGACCGGGAUGGGACAUCUCCUACCUCAGUGCCUGGUUUUGCCAUUUUUUCUUUGCUUGAAGUGCUCCAGCAGCCCCUUGGAAAGCCCAGGAGGGCCCACUGGGGCUGGCAGACUGGCAGGGAGCAGCAGGUUCUGCUGGCACGGGAUGCCUGGGGGAAGAUGGGGUAAAUAAAUAUGUCUCUGCCUUGGCCCCGGGGCUCUGAGUGGGGCUGGGGAUUCCCGGCCUUGGGUGGGAAUUUGGGGGGCAGCAAGGCUUUGCCUGUGUGUGUUUCCAUCGGCAGCUCAUCCCCAUGGAUAGCUGGAUGUCCCUGUGCAGGAGAUGCCCCAGGAGGAGCCAGGGGGUUGAACAGAGGCUCACAAACAUCCAUAAAAUGUUUUAUUCAAGUAACUGCAAAUAGGAACCCAAAAGGUCGUUAACAGUGAAACAAAAAAAAAAACCCAAACCAAACCCCGAUUCUCUCCCGCCGGGGCCGCCCAGCACCGACCUCCGGUCCCGCUGCAGCCGUCGUGCCGGGGCAGAGGGGCAGGGGGAGCAUCCCCUGGUCCCUCCACACCUCUGCCCUGCCAGCCUCGAUCCCUUGAAGCAGCAGAGCAAACUAGACCUCAAAAUAACAAUUUAAAAAAAAAAAAAAAAAAAAAAGAAAAACGAACCCAAAAAAAAAAAAAAAGGGGGAAAAAAAAAAAAAUACCCCAUAGCCCCCAGCAACAGCCCGAAAACAGGAACCACCACGGUGCCCCGGCAGCGCAGCAGCACGUCUGUGAGUUCAGAGCGUGGAACUUAAAUAUCCAGAGGUAGUUGUGAAUGAAAGGAAAAAAAAAAAAAGUACUAAACAAAA